CGGGUCCGGACCUGGCGCGGCCCGUGAGGGGGCCGCGACGAGAGGCCAUUGUGGCGAGGGAGGCCUUGGGAGGUGGAGGAGUGAAGCCGCUACCGCGGGACCCAAGCGCCGAGCCGCAGGAGCAGACGAUCUUGAAAACUGCCAGGUCCUUGGGGGAAAAAACUACAUGACACUGCAACAUGAGUGACAGUAAAUGUGAUAGUCAGUUUUACAGUGUUCAAGUCGCAGAUUCCACAUUCACUGUACUAAAACGGUACCAACAAUUGAAGCCCAUAGGAUCUGGGGCUCAGGGCAUUGUUUGUGCUGCAUUUGAUACAGUCCUUGGGAUAAAUGUUGCGGUAAAGAAGCUGAGUCGUCCUUUUCAGAACCAAACUCAUGCAAAAAGAGCUUACAGGGAGCUUGUUCUUUUAAAAUGUGUCAAUCACAAAAACAUAAUUAGUUUGUUAAAUGUAUUCACACCACAGAAGUCACUGGAAGAAUUUCAAGAUGUGUAUUUGGUUAUGGAACUGAUGGAUGCUAACUUGUGCCAGGUUAUUCAUAUGGAGUUGGAUCAUGAAAGAAUGUCCUACCUUCUCUACCAGAUGUUGUGUGGUAUCAAACAUCUCCAUUCAGCUGGUAUUAUCCACAGAGAUUUGAAACCCAGCAAUAUAGUAGUAAAAUCAGAUUGUACACUCAAAAUCCUUGAUUUUGGACUGGCAAGAACAGCAUGUACUAAUUUUAUGAUGACGCCGUACGUAGUAACACGGUAUUACAGAGCACCGGAGGUUAUCCUAGGCAUGGGAUACAAAGAGAAUGUGGAUAUCUGGUCUGUUGGGUGCAUAAUGGCAGAAAUGGUCCUCCAUAAGGUCCUGUUCCCAGGAAGAGAUUAUAUUGAUCAAUGGAAUAAAGUUAUUGAACAGUUAGGAACACCAUCAGCAGAUUUUAUGAAGAAACUACAGCCUACUGUGAGGAAUUAUGUAGAAAACAGACCGAAAUAUCCGGGUAUCAAAUUUGAAGAGCUCUUCCCAGACUGGAUAUUUCCAUCGGAAUCUGACCGUGACAAAUUAAAAACAAGUCAAGCUAGAGAAUUAUUAUCAAAAAUGCUGGUAGUAGACCCAGACAAACGAAUUUCUGUAGAUGAAGCCUUACGACAUCCAUAUAUCACGGUCUGGUAUGAUCCAGCUGAAGCGGAAGCACCUCCUCCUAAAAUCUAUGAUGCACAGCUGGAAGAAAGAGAACAUGCCAUUGAAGAAUGGAAAGAAUUAAUAUACAAAGAAGUAAUGGAUUGGGAAGAAAGAAGCAAGAAUGGUGUGGUAAAAGAUCAGCCCUCAGAUGCAGCAGUGAAUAGCAACACCAGUCCUUCCCAGUCAUCAUCGAUCAAUGACAUUUCAUCCAUGUCAACUGAGCAAACAUUGGCUUCAGAUACAGACAGCAGCCUUGAUGCCUUGACAGGACCCCUUGAAGGAUGCCGAUGAUCAGCCAGGAUUGCAGACUUCACAUUGGGAAAAAAACUCGUUUCCAUUGGCCUGAAUUGCUUGUAAGUUAAUGGAACCAAGUAGAGAAACUCCAUGUUCUGCAUGUUCUUCUAAAGUAAUGCCUGUGUUUUUACUCAGUUGUAAUAAGACUCCCUGCUUAAUGUUAUAGAAUGAAAGCAAAUCAAUGUCUAAAGAAGAAAAAAUUUCAGUUUAGACAUUACUAUGGGCUUUUUUUGUUUCAGCCUAUUUCAGGUGAGCAGUUACAGUAGAUGUGUACCAGAUAACUCCUCCUGAGUGAGUUUAUGGAUCUUCUGUCUCAUUCAGUAGACUUCUGUAACACACACAUGGUCAUUACAUUUUUGCAUAGAAUUACCCUGUAGUGGGUGUUUUGAAUGUAUAGCGUCCGUAUAAUUUGCUUAAAUAUGACUACAGAAGUUUGCGCUAUUUAACUCCAAUAUGUUGUAUGAGUGUGUUACCUUACAUAUUGGAAAUUAUCAGUACUGUAUUCAAGGGGCAAUUGUUCUUCCACAUAGCACUUUUUUUUUUCUAUUGAGCCCUUUCUUUCCUCACCUCCCAAUAAUUUUGUAUAUCUUCUUGUAGAAGAAACAAACUUGUGAACUUCAUAUAGCAUAGCCAUCAUUUCAUAUUUUACCCAGGAAUGCGACUAUGCUUCUCUGAAUGUCUUCUUUCAGUUGUUUUAGUGGGAGGUAGAAUGGGUUAGCUUGGUGAAGCAACAUGUCUCUUUAAACGAGGUGAAGUGCUAAAUUAUUUCCUUAUUUUCUGGCUAAUACAUUGUUUUGUCCUUUUUUUAUCAAUAAAAACUUUUAGAAACGACCCUUUCCCUACUUUUUCUUUCAAGAACAAAAAUUAGUCCUGUGGAGCUUCUCCCUUCGUCACUUCUUGUGUCUCAAUGCAAAAAUCUGAUAAAGGGCAGAGGCGAUUGGGAGACUUGAAACCUAAGUGACCCCUGGAAUAGUUGCACAAUUUUUUUCUAGUCUUGUUUAUGGAACCAUUCUACAAUGUGAAAACUUCUAAAUUUUGAUAGGCCUUUUGACUGAUUUGACAAAUUAUAUUCUUAAGUAUUUCUUAUAUCCAUAGAGCUCAGCUCUACAUCCAAAUUAGACAAAACUCUUUCUUUAUUAAAAAAGCAAUCUGUCUACGUUUUUUAACAAGGUACCACAGGAGAGGGAGGCUGUUUGCAGUGAAGCUCUUCUUCAGUUUUAAUAGAAGCUUAUCAAUGCAGUUUUCAGAUUUAAAUACUACAGACAUUGCCUCUUACAUUGCACAGUAUUUUGAAUUAUUAGAAAAUGUGUGUGCAGUAGAAUAGUGCUUAAGUUAUCAAAUAUUAUACAGUUGUGCAUUUGCAAACAGAAAAGCAUGUUUGCUUUGGAACGCACAAGUGUAAGAAAUGCUUUGCUAAAAGAUCUUCUUGUGUGCACGUGUGUAUGGUUAAACUAUAUAACUAAAAUAGUAAUGAAAAAUGUCAAAGAUGAGGCAAAACAUUUUGCUUUCAUAGUGGCACUAUAUUUAGCUGUUGAUUUAGAUACUGAAGUCUUGAACAUUUAAAGAGAACUUGUACAACUUUCUCACUGAACCAGCAAUUAUGUUACUGACCUGAAUUGUUCAGUAUGCUGUUUGGGAAAGGAAAAAUAAUUGCCCAUGAUUUUGCAUGCUCUUGGUUAUGACCUGAAAGGUAGAAGUUUUUCUGUUAAUGCAGUGUGUACCCAUAAAUGUUUUAAAAUAGGUUAAUUUGCUGUAGCUUUGAAUUUAUCAGAACAGAAAAAUUUGACAAGAAAAUUGGACAGAAGUAUCUUACCUGAUAUUUACUUCCUACAGCUUAUAUUUAGAGUUCACAUCUAGCAUCUUCGUUUUGAUAUAUUUUUUUUAACACGAGUACUGUUUUUGAGUUUUGCCUUUUUGUUUUUUUAAUUCAAAAAUACAGAUAUAUUAUUUAUCAUGUGUUUCUGGUGAUAUGUGCAAAAUUUGUCUGGCUUAUUUUGUCGUCAGAGCAAACCUUUGAUAAAAAUGCUUAUUGUGUUAUUACACAAUAGAAUUGUGCAUACUCUUUAUCUCUGGGUGUUUGGAGGUGUUAAUGUUGAGACACACCUAGCAUAUAGAAUAAGCUCUGGUGAUCUUAAACUAUCUUGUGAUUAGCUUCCGCCCUAUUCACUUCAGGAGGGGAAAAAAUUGAAAUCAAUCUCUCUCUCUCUUCUGGUGUGUUGAUCCAAAAACUGCCUAGAGAUAGCUUCACUUAACUAAGCCUAUAUGCAAUCACUGAUGUAGGCCAAGACUUUUGAAAGUGACUAGUGAUUUUUGGGUGUCUAACAUGAGGUACCUUUUAAGGAACCUUAUUUUCAAAGGAUGGGGGCUCAGGACUUUGAGAAUCAGGCCACUUAAGGUAUCUCAAGCUAAAUACCCAGAAUCACUAGUUAUUUUUGAAAAUCUUGGCUUUAAUGUUUUCAAAGAACUUUGAAAUAAUAGGAUGAAAUGUGCAAAAUGAUGCAACCUACCAUUAAGGUUCCCUAAGAGUUUCCCACUGUACCUGAGGCAUAAAGGGCUGAAAUCUCUAUAGCAAUUUAUUGCAUGUCACAAUAGUGCUGCAGAGCAAAUACAGUUAAGCUAUAUUUAGUAAUAAAAUAAAUGAUUUAUUAAUAAGAUUUUGUCUGCCAGUCUUGGUCUGAUCCUGUUCGUAAAAGUUCUUGCUGGAUAUUUCGAGAUCCAUGAUUAACUUCUGGGAAUGACCUCCUGGACUUGUCGUUUUUCAAGAUUAUACAAAAUCUUUGUUUAGCUUUAAGUAAAUAAGCUAAAGUCUACUCUGUUGUAACUGUUGUCAUUCAAGAGCAACUUACCCCACUAGGUUUAGUCUGUUUGGCAUGCCUCAACUGCAUGUGUAUAGUGGUCAUCCUGUAGUCUACUCAUAAUUGUCAUAAUUUUUUACAUUAUUAUAAAAAGAAUCAUUUGAACUAGUAAGGGAAGUUUUUCUAAUUUAUAGCCUAGUCUUAAAAAUGUACUCCUGGAAUAAAAAGUAGUUGAGUUUUUUAAGUGACCAUGUUUUCCCAUAAUCUUUAUUAUAGUAAAAGAUUGAUUGGAUUUUUAACAUUUGUUUUUAACAGAAGCAGCUUCUUGAAACUUCAGUUGUGACUGCAGAACUAUAACUUUCUUGUUAACGUGCAUGAAAAAUAUAAAGUCUGCAUAUUAUAAGUUGGAUUUCAGUAUGAAAAGAAACAGUUGUCUCGACUUUCAAGAAGUUGGAUGUGCAGCUGUGUUCGCAAAAAUGGAUGCAGAACAGUAUGCCUACUUCUAUGUAUACUUGCACACACAAAUUGGAUAUUUACAUGUAGAAAAUAGGCAUGUACUUCAUGCAGAUUUUGAGCAUACAGUUGCAGUCCUGACUAUUUGCAAAUUAAGCUGUGUCCAGUUUACAAAAUUGAUUUUGCUGACACACAAGAACCCCAUCUCUGAUGUGAAAACUGACACUCACAUGUGUAAUCUUGACAGUAGUUUAAAAGUUUAGAAAUGAACUAUUCAGUCAUUGCAAUAGGAUAAUCUUUCUUUCAGGUGUAGAUCACCUUUGGCACGUGGAAAUGCGCUGGCGGGCCAGGAUGGUUUGUUUACCUGCAGGGUCUGCAGGCCGUGGUCUGCCGUUCCAGACCAAUGGGGGCUGAGGGAAGCGGCAUGGGCCGAGGGAUGUGCUGGCCACUGCUUCCCGCAGCCCCCAUUGGCCUGGAAUGGCGAACCGCGGCCAGUGGGAGCUGCGAUCAGCCGAACUUGUGGAUACUGCAUGUAAACAAACCGUCCUAGCCCGCCAGCAGAUUUCCCUGACGGGCCGCGUGCCAAAGGUUGCCGAUUCCUGAUAUAUAUGAAGUGAUACAGUUGACCAGUUUUCUGCACUUUGUGUUUAGCAUUUAUAAAUAUUUGUUUUUUAAGUGUGUGUGUGUGUGUGUGUGUGUGUGUGUGUGUGUGUGUAAAAACAACCCAACUGAUUCUAUAAACAUGAAUGUUGACUUUUUGUAUGACAAACUCUACAUAGGUUAACACUGCUUCACGCACACAGACUUACAAAAUGUUUAAAAAUAAGUGAUUAAACUUAGUUACAGUUCUUAUACUUAACUGCUCACUUGAAAGGAGAAGGGGAUAAUGGUUAAUAUUCAGAUAAUUAUAUUUAAACAUCACUUUAAUUAUGUAAACACUGAGUAACUGAAUGGCAUUGCAGAAAUGGAGUGUGUUUUAAAAAGUUGAUUUAAUUUUAUUUGUGCUCAUAUCACUUUUCCUCAAAAACAUGACUAAACGAAGAAAUCAACCAUUUUGAAAGCUGAGUGAGAAGCCUAUACAAUGUGCUUUGAGGAAAUACUUUGAUAUGAAAGAUUUUCAUUUUGUUAGGCUUAAAAAAAACCACUAUGUCAAAAUAAGGUUUGUCUGCACAGAUCACAUAGAAUAUACCAGUCUAACCACUGGAAAUGCAAGCCUUUGAAGUUUGUUGUAUCUUAUUUCUGGUAAGGAUUUAAACUUCUUUAUCAAAGAGUACAAGCUAGAUAAGCUCAGACUCAACUAGAAAUUGUUGACUAGUUGGUUGUGAAGAUAUGAAAACCUGUUAGGGACCAGAUUGCUUUUGGGGGUGCAGGGGUGUUUUAAAUCGUAAGAGUAUGUGGGUGGGUAUUCAAAAUUAUGUAGAAAAUAUGAUUCCUCCUUCAAUUUAUUAAUAUUUUCUGAAGGAAAGCUUUUAGAUGGACCUCUACCUAAUACUAAGUCAGUUUCCUUUUUGGAUCUGGUUUUACUUGACUCUUGUCAUAAACUUAUGAUUUUAGAAAUAGGAUGGGGUUUAGAACUUCAAAAUACAACUUAUAUGUCCAUUGUCCAAGAGUUGAGUGAGUGACCCAUUUCAAUACGGCAGAAGUGCACUGUACUGAUUUGGCAUGCAUUGUAAAUUCCUGGAAAAUUCCUCAGGUGCUCAAGUGCAGACAAAUCUUUACUGAACUUAAUACCCAAGUUGGCAGAUAGGUUCAGUCUUGCAGCAAUAUAGUUUGUAUGGGGUGUUUCAUUUGAAUUGUGAAACUUAGAGUGGAAGUACUUUUAAGUGAAGAAACACUGAGCAGCCUUUGUUUGUAAAUGCUACUUAUAUAUAAAAUUGAUUCUAUCAGGGCUUGAUGCUAAACUUAGUGAUACUGGGUACUUGGAUCCAGAUUCCUUCCUGGGAUAUGCACUGUGUGGCUCCCAUUUUAAGUUAAUGUGUUGUGUGCACUUGCAUCCAAAUGCAGAAUUUGGACUUAAAUUAUGUUCCUAUGGCUGAUUCCCUGAUGUUGGUUAGUUUCAUUACUUCUCCAUGAAUGUCCUUGAGUUCAUUUGAUAUUGGGGGUAUGGCAGAAGUAAAUAUAUUCUGGUUCAUUAUCUUAUAUAUAUUAUUUUAAAUUGUCCAUCAUGUAAGUUAUAGUGAUGUUCUAAAUAUGCAAUAUUACACAAAUCUAUCAAAUCAAACUUAUUCUUAUGCCCACUUAUGCAUGCUGCAAACCUCUUGAGCUAAAUUAUGUUAAUGUUUUAAGUAAGCAAUCUUUUCUCUUAAUAUUUGUAUUAGAGGUAAGUGGAGAGGCAGGCAACUAACCUUGGUAUUUGUGUUCUCUAAAAUGACAAUAUUUAUUUUUGUAACUAUAAUUCUGCUUGUGGAUUUCAAUCCCACAAACUUGCUGUGUUGAUGUAUAAUCAGAACAAAUUUAUUGAAAAAAGUCAAAUACAAAAUCAAAACAGAAGAUUCUCUUUUGGGCUGUGUUACUGAAUAUAUGGUAAAUUAGUUUGGUCCCAAAAUUAAAAAGCAGAAUAUUGAAGAUGUAUUUAAUAUUUAAGUUUUUACUUUGUUGUGCUGCUGCUUAAUUUUUGAAAAGGUGCUUGCAGUUUUGCACAACAAAAAACUGUUUUGAUUGCAGUGUUGAAGCACUUUAGGAUUCUUCUAAACACCAUCUUCACCUGUUUUUAUAUUGUUUUGCAUGUUAAAACUGUUUGUGUUGCAAAUCUUGAUGUUCCUCUUUGUGAUCCUGUAGUUAAGGUUGAAUCAGCAUCAUACUUUAAACAUAAACCUAUUUUCAGAGAUUUAAAAAUUUGGGUUUACUUUUUUUUUUAAUAGGCUAAAACUUAAUGCACUCUAAAAUGUCAGUUAGAAGCAUCAUUUCCCCAUAUCUAAAAUGGUUUGAUUAGCAGCAUGGUUGCCUGGCCACUAGUUAUAUAGAUAUUAUAGUUUCUUGGUUAUAAUAGCAGGAUCAGCUAAGAACAUUAGGUCCUUUAUUGAAACCAGAGUCUAUUAAUGCAUGCUAUGCUUCAGAGGAGAGCUGUUGUUUUAUGGUAAUGUUCAUACACCCUAAUCAGGAUUGAGGCUUUAUUGCACUAGGUGCUGCACAAACACACACGCAGGCAUAGUCCCUGCUCCAAAGAAAUUAUUCGGUGGCACUGAUCCUUCCAGUGGGGAACAGGGCUUAGAGUAUCAUCAGCCAGGAACAGUAAUCAGCUAGAGCCUUAUUUUUUGUUCUCACGUGCCCUGCUAAAGGCAUAAUAGCUGAAACAUUGAUGGUAAUAUUUAUCACUCUCCAUGUUUAUGAAAAUGAAGCUAAAAUUUUAGAGCUUUAUAAUAGCACACUGCAUGUGCUCACUGCUAUCUUCUAAGGAAAAAAUUGGUAACUUAAAGGUCAAAUGUGUGCAAUAUUUUUGUAAAUGUCAGAUGUUUGAUGGGUGCUAAUUUUUUCAAUGAAAUUGGCAGAUUAGCAAUGUUGUUGUCACUUUUGAUAUAUAUAUUUUUUCAGACGGCUGGCAGCUUAAACUUUAAACUGACUAAUGUGCAUGUUCAGCUUUUUGAAAUAAAAUUCAGAAAAAUUCUUACAGUAGUUUACAUUUCCAUUAUAGGUUAAUGCCUCUUAGGAGCCAUUGGUUUAUUGUAUGAAUAAAAAACUUCUAAAAACAAAACUCUAUCAAUACAUAACUCUUUUUCAAAAGGCCAAAAUUAUAUUACAUAUUGAUAGAGCCAAAAGUGCUGUUCUAGUCUUUCAUGUAAGAGAUGUGUUUAAAUAGAGACAAAUAAAUGCAAGGUUACUAUAAUAUGAUUUGUCCAGUACAAUGAUGCCUUUCUGGUCUCUAGAUUAAAUUACAAGGAUUUUACUAGUUUCCGUCUGAAAUUUUGAGCAAAAAAAAGAUGUAUAUCAAAUGCAAAUACAUUACGGUGAUUUAACAGUUUUUAAUACAAACUGUCAAGUCCAGGAAAUUCAGUCAACAGUGUGACUGAAUGAGUUGAAGAUGAAAUAUCAGCCUAAACAGAAUUUCCUGGAUUUUCCUGAUUUCAGUCACAAGCAUAAUGUGUUUAUAUUUAUGAAAUGGUUUGUGUUUGCUUAGUUUUAGCAGGUGUAAUUUUAUGAGAAUGUUCUGUAUAAGGUAUCUAUGAUAUGGAUGUUUAACAUUUGCCUAAUCACAUUUUGAAACGUCUGUUCUCUAAGAAUUUUUUCAAAAGUCUUCAUUUGUGUUUACUCCCACCAAAAUGUGUAUGUUAUAGGUUUUUUCUAUGGGUUAACCAAUUAUCACAAAAAAUAGCAUCAAGCCCUAAUACAUAUCUUGUUCAGAGUUUAUGGCCUUUAUUUUAGUUACAGUAUGGUAUGUGAUUUCAGAAGAGAUGUGCUUUUAAGUCUAACUGUAUAGAUAUAUAAAGUGGCCUAUUCUGCCUAAUAAACUUGGCUUUGAUUGCCAUAUUUCAUUCUUGAUGCUUGUGCAAUAGGGAAAUGUUCUGUGUAAUGGCAGUGGCUAUUUUGUCUCAUGCUGGAUUUUGAUUUCAAGAAGAUUAAAAGAUUUUUUACGGACAGCAGUCAUUCCUUGUUUUCAGACUGAUUUCAAGGAAGCUAGAAUUUUCAUAAGGAAUGUUGUCAAUAGCUAACUCUGACGUGCUAGCUAUAGCCUCAUCUAAAAUUUAGUUUCCUGAGUUGUUUUUCUCCAAAAGUCUUAUUUUAGAACAUCAAUAUUAAAACCACUGUAAAAUUUCAAAUAAAUAUGUGAACUUAAA